AUGACUCUGAUCCUUUGGUUUUUGCUUUUGUCAAGUCUUGGGAUAAGGGCGCAGGUGGUCGAAAAUGUGACAUUGAUAACCGAAUUGGUCAAUUUGAAAUACCAAUUGACCGCGAUUGAAUGUGACUACACCAAUUUGUAAGUACCGAUUUCAUUUUUUUAAACUUAAAAUUUCGGAAACUAACAAUAACUUUCUUUACAAAACAAAAAAUGGCAAGAACUUUCUUUACAAAACACAAAAUGGCAAGAACUUUCUUUACAAACCAAAAAAUGGCAAGAACUUUCUUUACAAAACAAAAAAUGGCAAGAACAUUCUUUGAAAAACAAAAACUGGCAAGAACUUUCUUUACAAACCAAAAAAUGAUAAAAACUAACAUUUUCAGAGUACGCAUUCACAUUUCUUUCCCAGACAAUAUGACAUACUGGGUCUACCACGUUGCACCAAACAACCAAGAAUUGUAUACAGCAUAUCUGAGUAAAACUAUAAACGGAAAUAAUGAGACACACACUAUCGGAGAAUAUGUGGAGAUUUACAACAAGAGUGAACCAUUUCGAGUAAGUGUUAAGUUUGUGACAGUUAAAUCCUUGCUAAAGGGCUUUUAUAAUACAGUUUAUUGUUGAACUUAUUAAUACAUAUGGUAGACAUACAAUCGUUACACAUACCAAUAUAAAGACCCAAAUAUGCUAUAUGGCACUCGACCGCUCGAGUCCACUCCUUAACCUUAGACUGGCCCGCUCUUGCGGCCUUCUCAACUCGCGCCGCCUGCUUAUGUAGGUCGCCUCUUAGUUGACAUUUCGUUCGUUUUUCCAGUAAAAUUUGUGACAUUUGGUCGAAUGUAAAAAAAGUUGUUAAUUAACAUUUUGGCCAUUUUAAAACAUUUUUUGUUUUUAAUUAACUUUUUGACACUGCUUUCGUUUCCUAUAAAAUUUUUGACACUUUGUUCAUUUUUCCAAUAAACUUUGUGACAUUGCGUUGAAUGUAAAACAAGUUGUUAGUGUUAGCAAUUUAAAAAUUUUAAAACAUUUUUCAGUUUCCAGUUAACUUUUUGACACUUUGUUUAUAUUUUCGAUAAAACGUGUGACACUUCGUUUACUUUUCCAAUAUUUUUUUACAUUUCGUUACAUUUUAAAAACUGUCGAAUUUCAGCUUGAAUAUGGAGAGGACACAAUUUGGACAUGCCCGAACCGUGAAGGCAUUAAGGCUAAGAGCGCGGCUUUAGUUCCGUAUGCUGUCCAAGUGAUACUCCACUACCGGGACGAUAGCACCAAGUGUACCAUUGAGGUAUCCGAUAAAACGGUUGCAACCGGAGCUGUAUAUCAAGACUUUUACGACGAACUUGCUGUGGUGGGUUUUUUGGUUUUUAUUGCAGAAACUUUCUUUACAGAACAAGGAAUGGCAAGAACUUUCUUUACAAAACGUAAAAUAGAAACAACUUUCUCUACAAAAUAAAAAAUCGCAAAAACAUUCUUUAAAAAACGUAAAAUGGCAAAAACUUUCUUUACAAAACAUGAAAUGGCAAGAACUUUCGUUACAAAAGAAAAAAGCAAAAACUUUGUUUCCAGUGUGCUGUUGACCCAACUGAAGAACCUGGUAACUAUACUGUAGAACCAACCGAGGACCCAUUCAAUACGACUUACAGUAGCACCAUCACCGAAGAGCGAAGUAACACCACUCAUGUUACAGUAAUCCCUCCUACAGUACCCACUACAGAGGAGCCAUUCAAUACGACCAGUAGUAACUAUACGGUAGAACCGACUUCAGAAGUACCAGAGAACACAACCUACAGUAGUACAGAAGAGCCAAGUAACACCACUCAUGUUACAGUAGUCCCUCCAACAGUACCUACUACGGAAGAGCCAGAGAACACAACCUACAGUAGUACAGAAGAGCCAAGUAACACCACUCAUGUUACAGUAAUCCCUCCUACAGUACCUACUACGGAAGGGCCAGAGAACACAACCUACAGUAGUACAGAAGAGCCAAGUAACACCACUCAUGUUACAGUGAUCCCACCUACCGUACACACUACAGAAGAACCGUUCAAUACGACCAGUAGCAACUAUACGGUAGAACCGACUACCGAAGAACCAAAUGGUACCACACCAUCAACACUUCCCCCACCCCCAGAUCCUACUGUAACUACGGACAUGACCACAAGCUACAGUAAUGACACAACCACGGAACCAGGAACUACAGUGACCAGUCCAAAACCACCUCCCCCUCUACCUCACACGACUGAAACAUCUACUAGUACUACAGAAGUAUCAACUACAAAACCGCCUGGUACUACUACCACCGAAACACCAGAAAGUACUACUACUCAUGAACCACAUAGUACUCCGCUUCCGCCACCACCUCCCCCGCCACCUCCGCCACCACCCAGUAGUAGUACGGAACCUCCAGUAAGUUACAGUAUAUUUACAGUAGUCUUCACAAUAGACAUGAUAUGGUAGAGCAGGGGUACGUACGGUAGAGGCUAAGGUACGGUAGAGCCUAGAGCACGUUAUGAUGUAGAAUAUAGUAGGACCUAAGGUACGGUAGAGUUUAGAACACGGCAGGACCUAAGAAGGGUAGGAUUUACGGCUUGUAAGGAAUACGGUAAAGUCUAGGGAACGGUCGGGCCUAUGGUACAGUAUAGCCUCAGGUGCGGUAAAGCCUAGAUACAAUAGAAGUCAGUGUACGGUAAACCCUAACGUGCGGUCUAUCGUCAGGCGUAGAAUACGGUAGAGCCUAGAGUACGGUAUAGCUUAGGGUAUCGUAGAACAUAGUGUAUGGUAGUGCUUAGAGUACGGUAAAACCUAGAGUGCAAUAGGGUUUAGGGUACUCUAGUACAUAAGGUACGGGGGCACAGAGUACGAAAAAGCUCAGGUUACGGUAGGGCCCAGUUUACCGUAAGGCCUAGAGUACGGUUGAGCCUAAAAUACGGUAGGACCUAGGUACAGUAAAAUUUACAAUACAGUAAGGCCUAGUAUGGUACAGUAAGAUGGGGUAGGGUAGGGUAGGGUAGGGUAGGGUAGGGUUGGGUGGGGUAGGAUAGGGUAGGGUAGGCAGUGUAGAGGACUUUAGAAACAUUCAGAGAAGAAAUGACACAAUUUUCAGGAGCCCCACCCAUCCCAUCAUCCAGGUACUCAAGCACGUCGCACUAUGGCCCUAAUCGCUGCAAUUUCGUUUAUUUUGGCAUUGGUGGCAUUGUUGAUGAUCAUUCUUCUCAAGGUGGUCUUGCUACAACCGUUGGUGGACAAAAAGAAUGACUAA